UAGGCCUAUGCAAUUGUAUUAUAUUGGACCCUAAAUUGAGCCCAAACCCACACAACCUGUUCUUUACUUCUUUUGCUGUAUAACAACUGCAAUUAAUAUCAACAAAGGAAUGCAAAAAUGAUGGUGCCCCAGAUUCUGAGAGCUCCUCUACCACGCAAUGUAUUCACUCACUUCGCCUCUAAAUUUCCCAACUCCGUCUUUCUAUCUGCAAGACCUGCCAAGGUGCCCAGACAUCACCAAGUCAGGAGCUUUGCAGCUUCGAAUUCAGAGAAGAUUAAAGUGCAGAGAAAGAAAAGGAGACUAGAUGAAGUUUGCCUUGAAAGAUUUCAGCAGUAUAGUCGAACAUUCAUUCAGUCAUGGAUCGCACAAGGUAAAGUAAUUGUUGAUGGAAAAGUUGUAAACAAAAGUGGCACUCCCAUUUCCGACAAAGCCAUUGUGGAGAUCAAGGCUGAAGUUCCGAAAUAUGUAUGUAGAGCAGGACACAAACUAGAGGCUGCUAUAGAGCAACUAGAGAUCGAUGUUUCAGGAUUAGUGGCUCUUGAUUCGGGACUCUCAACUGGUGGAUUUACAGAUUGUUUGCUUCAAUAUGGUGCUUCAUUUGUUUAUGGUGUUGAUGUCGGUUAUGGACAGGUGGCUGAGAAAAUCCGUCAACACGAUUGUGUUAGUGUUAUUGAGCGGACAAAUUUGAGAUACCUGUCUGAACUCCCUCAGAAGGUCGAUCUAGUUACUCUGGACCUUUCCUUUAUUUCCAUCCUUACAGUAAUGCCUGCUGUUGUUAAUUUGAUGAAGAAUGAUGCUACAUUAGUUACUCUGAUUAAACCUCAGUUUGAGGCACUCCGGUCACAGGUGGGAGGUGGUGGGAUUGUUCGAGAUCCCUUAGUCCAUGAGGAGGUUCUUGCUAAGAUCAUAAAUGGUGUGCAAGAAUUUGGCUUUCAGUGCAAAGGCUGGAUUGAGUCGCCAUUGAAGGGGGCUGAAGGAAACAAGGAGUUUCUGGCUUGUUUCAGCCGAAUGGACAUGAAAGAUGCAGAUACCUCAGUCCCUAAAGCAGAUAUUGCUAAAUUGCAUAGGGUUAACAAAGCCACACAAGAGUAACAUGACAUAUGUGCCUGCUUUAAUACACAGCGAAAAGAGUUGUGGUUCUCUUAUACAGAAGAUAUUCGUAGGCGUACCAAUUGAACUUUGUUUUGUCGGGGGAUAUAUUUUCGAAUGUCUGUUUUCUUUAUUUAGUUGUGACCUAGGUUUCUCUUGUUUCAAUUGAUGUGCUAAUAAUAGUGUUAUAUUGCAAGUGUGAAAAGAUGCUAGAAUAAAUGAUAAAUUUUGGUUGUGCAUUUCAGAUUUCAGUUCCAGAGGUGGUUAUGUCUGGAAAGUGUACCGCAUCAAGAAUGAACUUAAAUUAG